AAAAAAGCCUCGAUUUUCAGGGUUAUUAUUUUAAGUCCAGACUUGGGAUGUCUGGGGAAUUCAAUUUCCUUCUCAGAUACAAAACUGUCGAAAUCGUUUGUAUUUGUGAAAUUUUAAGAGAAAUAUGUGGUGUUCAAUUGCAUCUGUAAUGCGCCUGAAUUCAGAUUAGAGUAAGAAUCGAGAGAGAAAUACAAAGAGAGCAACUUGUGAUUGUUGCAAUUUUGGCUUUAAAUUCAGAAUCGAAAUGUGGAGGAGCUCUACAAUGCAACGUGACUAAUAGAUCAUAUAGAGGCGAGGAUGCUUUGCGAUUAGGGUUUUUUAUGCUUUUUAAUUUGGUAAUAUAGUGGUUCAAUUACUGGUGAAGAUUGAAGAAGGUAAAAUCUAUAGAGUAUAGUUGGUGGAGAUGGGUUGGGGAUGGGCGAUUUACGAAGGAGCGGUGGUGGUGGGAUCUUUGUGCCUACUGGGAUGGGCUGGACUUUGGUUCUUGAACAUUAGACUUUACAAAGAGUAUGAAGAGAAGAGAGCUUUGGUUCAGAUCAUUUUCAGUGUCGUUUUUGCAUUCUCUUGCAAUCUACUACAGCUCGUUCUCUUCGAGAUCAUCCCUAUUCUUUCCAAAGAUUGGAUUUUGUUUUGGCUCUAGGGCAAGGGUGAUCAACUGGAAGGUCGAUUUAUUUUGUUUGAUAUUGCUUCUGGUUUUCAUGCUGCCUUACUAUCAUUGUUACUUGAUGCUUUGCAACAGCGGCGUAAGGAAGGAGCGGGCUGCACUGGGAGCCAUCUUGUUUUUGCUGGCAUUUCUUUAUGCUUUUUGGCGCAUGGGCAUUCACUUCCCUAUGCCAUCACCUGAUAAAGGUUUCUUCACCAUGCCUCAGUUGGUUAGUAGAAUUGGGGUCAUUGGCGUGACUGUCAUGGCUGUCCUAUCUGGUUUUGGAGCUGUAAAUUUGCCCUACAGUUAUUUGUCACUUUUCAUCAGAGAGAUUGAUGAAGCAGAAAUCAAGGCCUUGGAAAGACAACUGAUGCAAUCAAUUGAGACUUGUAUUUCCAAAAAAAAGAAAAUUAUUCUUUGUCAAAUGGAGAUGGAACGGAUUCAAGGAUCUGAAGAGAAUUUAAAGGCUAGAUCAUUUUUUAAGCGGAUAGUUGGCACGGUUGUACGAUCUGUUCAAGAUGACCAAAAGGAGCAAGAUGUUAAAAACAUGGAAGCCGAGGUGCAAGCUUUAGAGGAGCUAUCAAAGCAGUUAUUUCUUGAAAUCUAUGAGCUUCGCCAAGCUAAGGAGGCUGCUGCUUAUUCUCGAACCUGGAGAGGUCACAUGCAGAAUCUUCUUGGCUAUGCGUUAUCUAUCUAUUGUGUUUAUAAAAUGAUUAAGUCUUUGCAAAGUGUUGUUUUCAAGGAGGCUGGUUCAGUUGAUCCUGUUACAAUGACUAUUAGCAUAUUCUUGCAAUUCUUUGAUAUAGGAAUUGAUGCUACAUUAUUGUCACAGUAUAUCUCCCUGAUAUUUAUUGGGAUGUUGAUCGUUAUUUCAGUUCGGGGUUUUUUGAUGAAUGUGAUGAAGUUCUUCUUUGCCAUUUCCAGAGUAGGGAGUGGAUCUUCAAGCAACGUUGUACUGUUUUUGACUGAAAUUAUGGGAAUGUAUUUUGUCUCUUCAAUUCUUUUGAUAAGAAAAAGCUUGGCAAAUGAAUACAGGAUUAUUAUAACAGAGGUGUUGGGUGGGGAAAUUCAGUUUGACUUCUACCACCGGUGGUUUGAUGCAAUCUUUGUAGCCAGUGCUUUUCUUUCUCUCCUUUUACUUUCUGCUCAUUAUACAUCUCGGCAGGCAGACAAACAUCCUAUCGAUUAAAUGUAUUCAUAUGUUCAAAAUUAUUUGCAGAAAGACAAUUAUACAACACCUCAGGACGAGGAAUUGUUUACUUGAGAUCUGUCAAAGAGUUGCAAAUACCCAAGGGUUCUUCAGAGACUAGUAGUUUCCAGAAUACUUGGGACAACUUAUUUUGUUGUGAAUAUUUUGACGGAUUAAAGAAAUAUUAGUCACACUUUGACAACGAUAUCGUUUAUGUAAGAUUUAAUUUUGUUAAUUGAUCAAUUAAAAUUCCAAUUCUUUAUCA